AGCUGCCCCGGCGGCGGCGUUAGAGUGGAGGAAGAUGGCGGCUCCGUACUGCUCGGGGUCCGGCCAGCUGUGAGGAGCCCCGAGUGCGGCAAGCACGGCCUGAGGCGGAGCCCCUCUGCUCUGGCCCUGUCCCGGCUCCCUCGCCGCUGUCGUCAGCGGAGCUAACCCGAGAGCGUGGCGCGGGCUGGGCCAGCUAUCGAGUGGAAUGUCAUGGCCAGCUCCUCGGACAGUGAAGAUGACAGUUUCAUGGUGGUGGACCAAGAAGAAACUGUGCUGGAUGGGACAAUGGAGCAAGAUGAGGAGCCCCAACCAGUAUUAGAGGUUGAGGAAACUAGACAUAAUAGGUCGAUGUCUGAGCUGCCAGAAGAAGUUUUGGAAUACAUCCUGUCCUUUCUUUCACCAUACCAAGAACACAAAACUGCAGCCCUUGUCUGCAAACAGUGGUAUCGACUUAUCAAAGGUGUAGCUCACCAGUGUUAUCACGGUUUCAUAAAGGCUGUUCAGGAAGGAAACAUUCAGUGGGAGAGUCGGACUUACCCUUAUCCUGGAACCCCGAUCACUCAGCGGUUCUCACACAGUGCAUGUUAUUAUGAUGCUAAUCAGUCUAUGUAUGUGUUUGGAGGCUGUACCCAAAGCAGCUGCAAUGCUGCCUUCAAUGACCUCUGGAGACUUGACCUGAAUAGCAAAGAAUGGAUCCGACCUUUGGCUUCAGGGUCCUAUCCUUCCCCCAAAGCCGGAGCAACUCUGGUCGUGUACAAGGACCUGCUGGUGCUGUUUGGUGGCUGGACACGGCCAAGCCCUUAUCCCCUACACCAACCAGAGAGAUUCUUUGAUGAAAUACACACUUACUCACCCUCUAAAAACUGGUGGAACUGCAUUGUGACGACCCAUGGGCCACCUCCCAUGGCUGGCCAUUCCUCCUGUGUGAUAGAUGAUAAAAUGAUUGUCUUUGGUGGCUCCUUAGGAUCCCGGCAAAUGAGCAAUGAUGUCUGGGUCCUUGACCUUGAGCAGUGGGCGUGGUCCAAGCCAAACAUCUCUGGCCCCAGUCCUCAUCCUCGAGGUGGCCAAUCUCAGAUUGUCAUAGAUGAUGCAACUAUCUUAAUCCUUGGAGGGUGUGGCGGUCCCAAUGCUCUGUUCAAGGAUGCUUGGUUGUUGCACAUGCACCCAGGUCCCUGGGCCUGGCAGCCUCUCAAGGUAGAAAAUGAAGAUCAUGGAGCCCCAGAACUGUGGUGCCAUCCAGCUUGCCGGGUGGGGCAGUGUGUGGUGGUCUUCAGCCAGGCUCCCAGUGGGAGAGCCCCACUCAGCCCCAGUUUGAACUCUCGCCCAUCACCUAUCAGUGCCACUCCUCCAGCCCUGGUUCCCGAAACCCGAGAGUACCGUUCUCAGUCUCCAGUAAGGAGUAUGGAUGAAGCUCCGUGUGUUAACGGCCGCUGGGGAACACUGAGACCCAGAGCUCAAAGGCAAACGCCCUCAAGUUCCCGGGAAGGAAGCCUUUCCCCAGCCAGAGGAGAUGGGUCUCCCGUCCUUAAUGGUGGGAGUUUAUCUCCAGGAAUAGCAGCUGUAGGUGGUUCUUCCUUGGACAGCCCCGUACAGGCCAUAUCUCCUAGCACUCCAUCUACCACUGAAGGAUAUGACCUAAAAAUGGGACUUUCUUUGGCCCCUCGACGAGGGUCACUACCAGAUCAGAAAGAUCUGAGAUUAGGAUCAAUAGAUCUGAAUUGGGAUCUGAAACCCGCUUCUAGUAGCAAUCACAUGGAUGGUGUGGACAACAGGACAGUCGGGGGAAGUAUGAGACACCUUCCUGAACAGACGAAUGGUGUGCAUACCCCACCACAUGUGGCCAGUGCCCUUGCAGGAGCCGUCUCCCCAGGGGCCCUGCGCCGGAGUCUAGAAGCCAUCAAAGCAAUGUCAUCCAAGGGCCCCUCAGCCUCCUCAGCACUAAGUCCUCCUCUGGGAUCUUCUCCAGGCUCCCCCGGGAGUCAGAACCUGGGCAGUGGAGAAACGGUAGCUGUUCCCCGGCCAGGCCCAGCACAAGGAGAUGGACAUUCCUUACCUCCCAUUGCCCGCCGCCUGGGCCACCACCCUCCACAGUCCCUAAAUGUUGGCAAACCCUUGUACCAGAGUAUGAACUGCAAGCCCAUGCAGAUGUACGUGCUGGACAUUAAAGACACCAAGGAGAAGGGGCGGGUCAAAUGGAAAGUAUUUAAUAGCAGUUCUGUGGUCGGACCUCCUGAAACCAGCCUGCAUACAGUGGUACAAGGCAGGGGUGAACUCAUCAUAUUUGGAGGACUCAUGGACAAGAAACAGAAUGUGAAAUACUAUCCAAAAACAAACGCCUUGUACUUUGUGCGAGCAAAGAGAUAAUGUUCUAAACCCCUUUCCCUUUCUGUGGCUUUUCAUUUGGAAUUUUCCAGCGUGCAAGCAUUUGGACUGGGAAUUAGGAAAACAAAGGACAAAAUUACUCCCA